GCCCCGACUUUGGCAGACGCGCGGCGCAGGGUCUCGGGCGGCGGCGGUGCGACCACGGCGGCGGACCCCGCGAGAAGGCGCAGGGACUGUAGGCGACGAACCGCCGUGUAAAGCGCCAACCCCGACGACAUGGAGCUGGCGAUGCCGCACGCGGCGGGCGGCGGCCUGCCCGCGCCGCGGCCGGCGCCAGCCGCCUUUCCCGUCAUCGACUUCGAUAUCGAGGCGUUCCUGGGCGUCGUGCAGCCGAACGAGCGCCAGCAGGUGGACAGCCUGCUGCAGGCGCCGCCGGCGUGGGUGCCGCCGCCGGCGGCGGCCGCGCUGCCGCGGGAGUCGGGCCAGACAGUGCAGCUGGACGGCCUAGCGCUGCGCAAGGCGCGGCGCAUCCUGGCGCUGCUGCCCCGCUUCAGCGACGCCGCCCUGCCGCCCGGCGUCACGCGAACCAGGGCCUUCCAGGCGCUCUUCACCUACGUGGUGGCGCAGCGGCGCAGCCGGCUGGAUGGGGACAUACUGAUCCACAAGAUGGCGAGGCAGGGCAAUGUCAGCGAACUGAUCCGGUACGCCGAGCUCAUGAUCCACUUCCGCCACGGCACCCACGUCAACACCAAGAACCGACAUGGAGAGACGCCGCUGCACGUGGUCACGUGCCCGAAGGCGGCCGAUGCGCUGCUGCAGCGUGGCGCCCGACUGGACGCGCGCGACUCGCUCGGCAACACGCCCCUCCACCUGGCGGCCCGCUUCCAGCGCGUGGACGUGCUGCAGACGCUACUGCAGCGGAUGGGCGACGACGUCAACCUGCUGGACCAGAAGAACCUGGAGGGGUACACGGCGCUCCACCUGGUGGUGAUCCACCAGCCGCAGCAGGAGCCGCACCGGCGCGCGCUGCAGCUGCUGAUCGAGUCGCGUGUCGACGUCAACGUGGCGGACGACACGGGCGGCCGAUCGCCUCUGUUCCACGCCGUGCUGCGCGGCGACGAGCCGACAGUGCGCGAGCUGGUCGAGGCCAACGCCGCCGUCAACAUGGCCGACUUCUCGGAGACGACGCCGCUGCAGGCGGCCGAGGGACCUGCUGCCUGCCAACAGCAGCCUCAUCUGCAGCAUCCUGAUGGAGCGGGGCGGCUUCAAGGUGCCGCCGGCCGACCGCGUCACUCAGUCCGGCGGCACCCCGCGCGCCCGGCGCGCCCCCAAGCGCCAGAGGCUACACUGAGCCGGCGCGGCCGGCUCCGGCCCCGGCGGGACCGGACGCGCCGGGCCCGCGGGGGGGAGGGGGAGUCGCUCGACCUCCGGGGAGGAGAUGGACGUGCGGUGUGCCGAGGCGCGUGAAAAGUGAAGCCACGUUCGUGUA